AUGUCAUCAUCUGCUCCUCCAUUAACAAUACCAACAUCCGAGUCCGAUGCUUCUCAACUUGAAGAAGAACAUGUUCAUAAGGUUUAUGAUAAAAUAGCAAUUAAUUUCAGUGAUACUCGUUAUAAGCCAUGGCCACGUGUUGUCGAUUUUCUACGUUCAUUUCCUUGCGGUUCAUUGAUUCUUGAUGUUGGUUGUGGAAAUGGAAAAUAUAUGAAUAUAAGCAAUGAUUUAAUGAUGAUUGGUUGUGAUCGAAGUGAAGGUCUUUUAAAAAUCUGUCGUGAUCGUUAUUUUCAAGUUUUUCUUUGCGAUUGUAUGAAUAUACCCGUACCAACCAAUAUGUUUGAUGGUGCCAUUUGUAUUGCUGUUCUUCAUCAUAUUAGUACUGAAGAACGAAGAUUAUCCGCUUUAAAAGAAAUCGUUCGUCUAUUGAAACCAGGUGGACAAGCGCUUAUUACUGUGUGGGCUAAAGAACAAGAAUUAGAUAAUAAAAAAAGUACCUAUAUUACAAAAAAUGCAAAAGCUUGUCCAGUACAUGGAAAAACUGAAACAAAAAAUGAAUUAAUUAUUCAUACGCCACGAACAGAAUUUCAACAAUCCGAUUGUCUUGUUCCGUGGAAUAAGCCAACAGAAAAACUUCUAAGAUAUUAUCAUGUUUUCAUAAAAGAUGAACUUGAGCAUAUAUUAAGUCAUAUAUCUCAAGUUAAAAUUGUUAAUUCGUAUAAUGAUGAUGGGAAUUGGUGCAUUGUAUUCAUGAAGAUUGUUUAA